AUGGCUUCCGUGGCUCCCUUCUCAGCUCCCUCACCUCUUUCUUCUUCUUCUUCCUCCCCUCGGCCACCACCGGCUGCUGCAGUCGCGCCUUCCCUGCGCCCGGCGGUUCCGGCCUUUCCUUGGUGCGGCAGAAGGCCUGCUGCUUCCAGGGUGGUGGCGGUGUCGGCAGUCGGGGAGCUGUCGUCCGACAGCAACACGUAUCUGAUCGCCGGAGCCAUCGGUGUGGCGCUUGUCGGCACUGCUUUCCCCAUACUCUUCUCUCGCAGGGACAUAUGCCCAGAGUGUGACGGAGCUGGGUUCGUCAGGCAAGCUGGGGCGGCACUGAGGGCUAAUGCAGCAAGGAAGGAUCAAUCUCAGAUAGUUUGUCCUCGUUGCAAUGGGCUGGGGAAGUUGGGACAAAUCGACAAAUAA